CUUCUUUGCGCAUGUGCUAAAAUUCACUUCCGUUUUGAAAAAAUCCAACUUUUUUGUUAUUUUUUCUUUUCUCAAGCAAAUGCAGUAUUAAAGUUGAAGGACACCAUGGAACUGAAGGACCAGGGUAAUAGAUACUUUGCUGCCCGGAAGUAUAAUGACGCAGUUGGAUGUUACACAAAAGCAAUCAUGAAGAGUCCAAAUGUGCCAACAUUCUUCACCAACAGAGCUUUAUGCUACCUUAAACUCUCCCAAUGGGAACUUGCUGCCUCAGACUGCAGGAGAGCUAUUGAGAUGGACAAAUUACUUGUGAAAGGUCAUUUCUUCAAUGGACAGUCCUUAUUAGAGCUAGGGGCAUAUGAUGAAGCUAUCAGCAGCUUAAUGAGAGCACAUGAGCUAGCAAAGGAACAAAAACUGAAUUUUGGAGAUGAUAUAUGUUCUGCAUUACGUGUAGCUAAGAAGAGAAGAUUCAGUGCUGUAGAAGAAAAAAGAAUCCAACAAGAAAUAGAAUUACAAACAUAUCUAAAUAGACUUAUAACCGAAGAAAAAGAAAGACAGACUCAAGCUAUUGAAGAAGUAUCAGGGGAACCAAGUUCAGUAGCUGAAGAACUGGAAAGUGUGGAGCAAGAAUAUCAAAAAAGAAUCGGGGAGGUCAAUACACUUUUUGCAUCAAUAGAUGAGAGGAGAGCUAAGCGAGACAUUCCAGAUUACUUAUGCGGAAAAAUCAGUUUUGAUCUGAUGCAUGACCCUGUGAUAACUCCAAGUGGAAUAACAUACGACAGGAAAGAUAUAGAGGAGCAUUUACAGAGAGUUGGACAUUUUGAUCCUGUAACACGGACUGAUUUAACACAAGACAGUUUGAUACCUAACCUUGCAAUGAAAGAUGUAAUAGACAGCUAUUUAGAAGAAAACCCAUGGGCAGAGGAGUUCUAGUUGCAUGCGUUAAAUGCAUAAUGGAGUGGAAAAGAGUUGAUGUCCUAAGAAUUUGAUAAAACAAGUAUACAUGUACAGUGUACGCUCUAAAUUGUAUAGAAAUUAUACUUUAAAUUGUAUAGAAGUUACAGUUUAAAUUGUAUUGAAAUUAUACUUUCCUCAUUCAAUGUUCACAGAGAAAAGCGUGUACCCAGAAAGACAAUAGAUAUAUCUUAGAGUGUAUUAGGUGGUACCAUAUCUCUAUUUAUGGUACUUUAUGGUAAUAUGUAGUACAAUUGAGGAUCAUCUUGCUGGGAAGAGCAUUGGAAUCAACGUUAAACAUUUUAAGAGACAUGAUCUUAUGCGAUCAUUAUGUGAUGUCUCAAAAAUUCAAGUAUUAUUGGAAACAUUAAGGGGACGGAUUACGAUGUGAGUCUGGCUCUUGUAUCAAUUUCACUUUGGAUAUGAAGUUCUGAUGGCCCAUCCUGCCUUUUUGUUUUGUGUAUGCAAUUGCCCAUCUAUUGUGUUUUAUUUAUUUUUAUAUUUUUAUUUAUUUACUAAAAUUGGAAUUUUUACAUCUACCCAAAGAGUAUAAACCCUGCCACGUUUUGGUACAUCAAAAAGUUAUGAAAUGAAGCCAUGAGUUGGAUUUAUAAUCGCA